UACAGAACCUUGUGGUACACCACAAGUUAGUGGUGUUGACGGUGAUUUGUGAGUGCCUAUUGAGACUGAUUGUUCACGCUCAGUCAGGUGACAAUUCAGAAAAACGAAGUCAAGAAAAUUCUCAUAAAUAUUCCUGGGGAGGAUGGUCGCAUGCGGGGAACUGGCUAUCAGCCACAGCGCUGUUACGUCGUGGAAUCCGACACAGACAUCGCGGUGGUGGCGGCAAAUCGUGUCAAAGAGUACACGGAUUCUUACCUGGCACUCCCGGUGGAUGUUCUUGGCACUGAGUACAUCAUCCCUUCCUGGCCCAAGACACAAUCUUAUGAUGAUUCCUUCAUAGCACUGUCCUGUUCGUCAUGGGAAAGAGAAUUCGAUUCUAAUACGACAGUAACUUUCUCAUUUCCCGAAAGAACGAACGAUCCUAUUGUAGUGGAAUACAACAAUGAGACAUAUGGACACCACCGCAAUUUGACGAUGUCAUUAAACUCCUUCGAUUUUGCUAUUAAUGACUGGAACAGCCAAACCGUGCAGAUACUCAGCAAACAGGACCUGACAGGAACUAAAAUCACAUCUAACAAGCCUAUCGCUGUAGUGUCCGGAAACACGGGGACCAAGAUUGGAGCUUUGCCCACCUUUACGGGAGAAAAUGGAGUACUGUACGAGGAAUCCUACGAUCACCUGGAAGAAAUGAUUCCACCUCUACGUGCAUGGGGAAAAAACUAUGUCACCGUGCCUGUAGCGGACAGGAAAAAAGGGGACAUUUUCAGAAUUAUUGCAAGCAAAGAUACCACCAAUGUGGGCGUGUCAUUUUAUAGAGGUGCUUCUCUGAGGCAAAAGAGAGACAUUUCAACAACCACCGCAAACCUCAUUGAAAAGAGGAACAACCUGAUUAAUAAUAUGGGAGAUUUCUUGCAGUUAGAUAUCCCUUCUAACGAAUAUCUUGUCAUCCAGGCCGACGAACCCAUACUUCUGGUACAGUACUCCAAAUCAGCUAAUAUAGAUCGGUCUGAAAGCGACCCCUUCAUGCUUGUCAUGCCGCCUGUGGAACAAUAUGACAACGAGUAUACAUUCGCCACAGUGGCAGGAAUAACAAACCCGUAUACAAAUUAUGUAGCAGUUAUCAUCAAGACAGUUGACAAAAAUGGUCUAUACAUUGACGGUCAGCCUUUCUACAAUGGUUCCAGCGACACACCUUGGGUAGAUCUAGAAAAUACAGGAUUUUCUGUCAAAACGAAGGUGAUCGGGCAUGGCUCUCACAAUCUGUUUCACGUCGAUUCCAGUAAGACAUUCGCGGCGAUGUCAUAUGGUCAGACCAAAUACGAAUCGUAUGGGCAUCCAGCCGGAAUGCGAGUGGCAUCUUUGUAUGACUAUUGUCAAGCGAAACCUGGCACGGCGGGAGACAAGCUUGAUAAUGACUGUGAUGGACGUAUUGACGAAGAACUCAAAAAUGGCCUCGACGACGACGUAGACGGUUCCAUUGACGAAGAUCUGGCUGGAGUCGUUCUGUUCACUGCGGCACCGCAGUCAAGCACUACAUCUUCUACUAGUACUGAGUACACGUCUGAUGUUUCGGAGGUAUAUACACCCGCACCAACUAAAACCAAGGAUUUUUUGGAUAAUUUAGGUGAAGGAAUGGGAGGGUUCGCACCCGGGCUCGUACUGAUAUUUGGAAUUGCACUGUUAGUGACGCUCAGCUGCUGUGUGUUCUUCGCCUUUUUGCUGUAUAAGAAAAACAGAAAAGAGGAAAACGCAAACACCGACCCCGCCCUACCAUUGGAGCCAAUCCAGCGAAGCAAGUCUGUCCGUUUCAGUACUGACACCUUGUCGCCGUCAUCGGGGUCAGGAAAGCGUUUUGAGAACCAGAGAAUGAGCGUCUACUCUGUCAUAUCGGACGAUUUCAACUACAGAAAUGAUGAGGACGAGGGAAUCGGAGACAGUGAGAGAAGUGCUACACCUGACGAUACGGGCUCCAUGGCGAGCACGGAAACGCCCAGAAUCGCUUCAGCAGGCGGUGUAGAACCAACCAUUGGAGAUCUAAAUCAGACAGAUACUGCAAGGGACGCUUGGUCGCUUUCGUCAAGCCAAGGCAGAGACAGCCCUGGGAACGACUCCCAAAAUACGUUUCUUCCUCGAGGCAAACGGAAUAAACGCAAUCAUGUCGUACCAGUUUGGGCAUCAGACUUUUGAGAAUAAGCUAGAGCAUCCUCGGCUGGGUACGCAUAGACAAGCGCUUUGGUAUAAAGUGCAGAGUUUAUCAGAAGGAGAGACAAAUGUGAUUUUUGAAGUUGCUUCUAUAUUGUUACACAUAACAAGCCGCUUUACCAUCUUGAAUGUUGCAGAUAAGAAACGAAUGCAGUGACAAUUUUAUGACGUGGCAUACAAAUUGCGUACAUGCAGUUUCAAUGUUGUUGGAUACUAUUUACAAAUAUCGAGAACGCGACCCGUAUUCCCGGUAUUCCUUUCGAAUUAUGUGGUGAACUAUCGGUCAUUUACUUAAAAUGGCACACUGCGUAUCUGGUAGCCCCUUUCCUUGCCUUUCUCUUUUAUGCAUUAAUAUGUAUAUAUAGGCCCCACAUUAUGUACUGUUUUUCAGUUUUGGAUUUCAGCAUCGCUUUGAACGACUAAAGAGGCUUUUCCUCUGUUCUGUCUUUUAAAUACACUUAUAGUAACUGGAACAAACUUUUAAUUCAUCGAAUCAUUUUCCUUAAUAUUGCUAUAGGCCUAUGCAUUGAUUCUUGCAUAAAUGUACAAAAAGUUGCAUAUUAUGAUCGUUUGUUUUGAUAUUUAUUACUUGAAUGUUGCCUUCUCCUGCAUAAUCAGACGGUGUAAGGGAUUGAUUUUAUUCUAUUGCUUAUAGGUCCUUAUAGGUUGGAGGGGUUAGUUUUAUUUGUGUAAGUAGGCUAUACAGUAGCAUUAACCAAGCGUGUUUUAUCACUCACAUACGACGGUAUUGUUGUAUAAUCGCCCUAUGUUACGUGAUGUUUAGUGCAAUGUUUCAAUAGGUGCUUAGUCUACUCAUUUGUCACAACA